UUCUUAAUUUCGCGCUCAGUCAAAAGAAAGUAAAGUCAAGCCGAAAUCCAUCAAUCUAAUGGCCAGCACAUCGCGAAAUGCCUCACAAAGACGCAAUACAUCACGUUCCCAGCAAUCAAUAAAUGCGACUCAGGCGGAACCACAACAUGUCGAGAUAGAUCAGCAAGUGCGCGCCAUUCUGAAUUUUAUUCUAUGCCAUUCGGCCAAUAAGGUUCCGAUCAAACACAAUGAUUUAAUUCCUCUGACGGAUGGAAAAGCGGAAGUUAUUAAAAGACUUCCGUUGGUCACCCAACUGCUGGAAAAUCUCUACGGCAUUAAGCUAGUCCAGCUCGAUGGAAACCCCAAAAGAUACAUCUGUAUAGCCGAAGCACCACCGACGUCCACCUUCGAGCUAACCGCUGCACAGCGUCCGCAAUUCACACUGCUAUACAUUAUACUUACCUACGUCUUUUUACGCGGGUGUCACAUAGAGGAAGGCAAGCUCUUUACCAUGCUGGAUACGUUGGGAGUUAAUGUGCACGAGGAGCAUGAAUACUUUGGUUCCGACAUAUCAAAACUGGUCGAGGAAACAUUUGUGAAGCAAGAGUAUCUGAAACGAGAGCGCUCACAGUUGAAUCCUUUCGAUGAUCCCAAGAUUACCUACAGUUGGGGACAACGCGCCAAACGCGAAUUUACCUAUCAGCAAGUUAUUCAAUUUGCAUCCAAAUUAUUUAACCAGGACGUCAGCUUCUUUCAGAAGCAGCUUAUGAUGGCCGAAGCCAUGGAUAAUCCUGAAGGCAUGCAAGCGCCUACUCCAGCUGCAGAUAACACGAAUACAAGCUACACUGACUGCAAUAGUUUAGUGGACAGUCAGUAGUAGAUCGAUCCCAUUGUUUUCUCUUAU